AUGGACAGGCAACACAGACCCAAAAGGGCCCAGGCUCCUAAGCCUCCGAAAACGAACGUCUGUCUCAGGCCGUUCGUCUGGUUUCUCAAGUUAUUUCAUGGUAAAAUAUCACUUUUGGGAUUCAUUGUGGGUUUCAUGGCCUUCACAAUGCAUAUUCCAUUUCAGACGGUUUCCACCUCCUCUAGACACUUCGCAGUGGCAUUUAAUAUUCCCCCAAAUUAUACGGGGUUAUACUUCACGAAAAUGUACAGCUUGAGGGUGCUCGUCAUUUUAGUGGCGUCAUCAUUCACUUACGCCCUCAAGUGGUUUGUUCCCGAGGACAAUAUCUUCCUCACCUUGUUGUUUUGUGUUUUCAUGCUCGUGUCAAGGCUCAUACUGCUAAUUUAUCUCUAUGUUUCCACCAAUUUGGCGCUGGACAUUUACAAUUUUUUUGUCGUGGAGGCUCUGUCCCUUGGUUUGUUUCAACUAACCUUCUACACACUAACUCCGGAAUAUGUAUCGCUCUUAUCUCUUUGUUUUAAGCUUUCGAAGAUCACUGUUUUUUUAAUUCAGCUCAUUAUGGACCAGGUGAUUUUUGACAGGCCCCUGCUGAUGAUUAAAAUUCACUUUUGGUACGUCCUCGCCCUAAGUGUGGUUUCAACGAUCUUGUGGUUCUACUACUCAAUAUUCAAGGUCAGGCACGACGUUCACAGGCCUACGGACGAGCCAUACGAAAACCCUGAGCCUAAGAAGAGGAAGGACUCAAUCAAGGAUUUCGUAAAGAGGCGGUACUCCUCGGAUCCCGACCCCGAAAAGUUAAAGGAGACAGAGCCUGGCUUUUUGAGGCACUUUAUCAACUGCCUGUCCCCCUUCUUCAUGUGCCUCGUGACGUUGACCAUGAAGAACAUUCUCUAUCCUGGCAUACUCCCGUAUUCUCUUCUGGAAAGGGACGACGCACACGCAGUGAACAUGUACAGGACCCCCGUGGCCCUAAUCGGGUGUAUACUCAUUCAUGUUUUAAAAAAGAGAAACCAGUCUAUAAACAGGAAGUGGAAGUGGUACUGGCACCUAUUCUGGCUCCUUGUCGUCCCCCCGACCGUGGUCUUCUUCUUGACCUUUGCCGCCUUGCACGGAAAGAAUCCGACAAGCUUGAAUAUCAAGGGCUCAAAGGGCAAUGUUUUAGUGUUGUCGACCAUAUUUUUCCUAUGCCAUACCAUAGUGGAAUCCGCAGGGUACCUGGGCGUGGUCUCCAACGUCAAAUACUGUGGAAGGUUCUUCGAAAAGGGGCUCAAAGUCAUAAUGACAAACCAACUUUCUGGAAUAAUCAUAUCAUUCAUCUUCUACAAGUUCUCAGUGGGAUACAACGUUACGAGGUCGGUACCGCAGGACCACCCAGCAGGGGAUGCCUCAGUCGCAACCAAAAUAGGGUUUUGGAUAUCUUCAUCGCUUAUUGAAGGAUUUAAGGACUUCGUUAACGAGUUUGGAAUGAACAUUAAAGAUUACAUUUAA